UCACUAGCCGGCAAUUGAGAUCCAAAGUUAAUGGUGUCGCUGCCGAAAUAACUGUUCAUUGAUUAACGCUUAAAACUUUCCUAUAAAUAUGCUUAAACGCGAUCUACAGCGAAUAACGCUAGAGUUGUCCGAUCUGAAGGACUACGAGGUUGCCCGGGCGAAGAACAAAUACAAGGCAGGACCACGCCCGAGGUUGUCCCAGGAUGCCCUAGCCGGAGAUGACGCCUCCACGUCGGGAACAACAGCCAGUUGCAGUUCCAAUACGGGCACAACAACGGAAUCCGCAACGGAAACUGCAUCGGGAUCGGGAUCUGGUUCUGGUUCAGCUUCGGGAUCGGGAUCCGCCUCGUACAUUACGGGACUGGGAUUGGGCUACCGAUCGGAGACACCCUCCACUGCGUCGUACACCGACACCACCUCGACGACCCCGACUCCGGCCACCCAGGAGGAGAUCCUGAGACCCUCGUCCGCCGUUACGGCCACCACCACCACGGGCACCACCACUUCCGGAUCAACGGAUGACGUGAGCGUGGCUGCAGUAGUGGAUGAUACGGACACCAUUGACGAAAUCAGCGACGACAACUGGGUGGAUCUGAACGCGGACACCAAUGACACAACCGACACCAUUGAUGCCCACGUGGAGGAGGAGGAGGAGGAGGAUGGGGCCAGGGGGGGCAGCUAGGAAGAACGCAAAGCAGCUGCAAGUGAAGUCCCCCAUUUCACAUAAUUCAUUCAUUUAUCAUCGCUUUUUGUGUACGUAACAUAUCAUUUGCACGUGGAUUUUUAUUUUCUCUGCUGCUAUGCAUAUGCAAAUGUGGAGCUAUUUAAUGUUUGCCUAAGUGAAACUGAAAUAUUAAAGGGAUACUGGACUUUUUCCUUCACAAAUAUAUGAAUUAUCAAAAAUAUAUUGUAGAUAAUGGUAUAAGCAAAUAUUGCAACAUUUUUGAAAAGAUUAUGUAGUAUUAUAUUAUUUCACUCUUUUUUA